UGGGAUAUGGCCGUCGGUGCCGUUGCCGUUAGCAUCAAGUAUCACCGGGACUUUCUCCCACCCCUCCUCCCUGUAUAUGCUUCCAGCUUGCAGGCCCUCGCACCGCACGAGAUAGGAUUUGAUGAUUUGGAUGAUGCUCAAGCUGACCUUCUAUCUGCCGUCGGCUACGUUCUUGGCGGGACGCCAGUAGGUGUCCUCGAUGAGUUGUUAGAUGCGCUGCCCUCGCUACGUGAAUUGUUUCCAGACGAAGGUGAAUGGAGCUGGGUGUUGAGAGAGACCUGGAGGUCUUUGAUGAUUUGUAUACUAGAGCCUGACAUCCUCAACUUCCCGAUAUCCCUUCUUUCAGUGUCAGCGGUAAGCGAGGCCGUUUUGGAUGUUUUGUUGCACCGGAAGGUCAGCAGUCGUGACAAGUACAAGGAUAAGUGGCGAGAGGAGGCUGAAGAGGAAGCGGAGGGCAUACUGUUAGAUAUCCAGAAUGUCCUGGGUAUCGGAGAGGUUAGUUUUGGUUCUUUUGAAGCGAGCUUCUUACUGACGAGAAAGGCAGAGGUCGAUGCAUGA